AAACCAUGCGAUCGCCGUCAUUUACUCGUUCUAGUGAUUAAUUCAAGGCCAACAAAUCAUCAACGGCGUAAAAAUAUUCGCAUGACUUGGGGCAAUAAUACAGCAAUUAACAAUUUAAUUGGGACAACUAGCGCUUGGCGAUUGGUUUUUGUUAUUGGACGUAGUAAUGUUACAAAGAUUCAACAAGCAGUUGAAAAAGAAGCUAGUUACUACCAAGAUUUAGUUAUGGGUACCUUUACCGAUAAUUACGCCAAUUUAACACUCAAAACUGUCUUUGCAAUGAAAUGGGCUCAACAUUAUUGUAAACCAUUUUAUUUAUUUAAAGGAGACGACGAUAUAUUCUUGAAUGCACCUCGUUUAAUGGAAUAUGUUGGCUAUCAGUUAUUGGGUAACAGUACCAAUUUUUGGGUCGGUCGCGUGAACAAGCAACUUGGUCAGUUAUUAGUUGUACGGAAAAAAGGUCAUAAAUAUUACGUGCCCUAUUCAGAUUAUGGCAAGCGCUUCUUCCCACCUUUUUGCUCUGGAUUCGCUUAUAUUAUGUCUGCAGAUGUUGUAACUAAAAUGCUAUCUGUACAACCUUCGGUCAAACUGUUAAAAAUGGUGGAUGAUGCAUAUCUUGGCAUAUUAGCGGAAAAAGUUAAGGUUAAACCAGUAUACAAUCAUCGAUUC